AAAACAGGGUGUUGAGGGGUACCAGAUCUGAUUUGCUAGGGUUUUGUUUUUGGCAUAUCCUGAAAUUUCAGGGUUUUUUUGUAAGGGAUAUCUGUCAGCUUCUGAAAGGCGGAACCGGCGAGCGAAGUGUACGUGUCGCGGAACUCGGGAUGAACGGCGAGAUUCGUCGCGGACCGGCGAAGUUCGUCGUUAACCGGCGAGAUUUGUCGCGAAACUCGCGGAUAAACGGCGGGCGAAAUCCGUCGCGAAACUCGCGGAUAAACGGCGAGAUUCGUCGCGGAAUUCGCGGAUAAGCGAUGGCGUUUGUCGCCGACCUCGCGGAUAAACGGUCGUCCCACGUUUGUUCGCCGCCUCGGCAUCCAUUCGUCUCAAGGAUUCACCCGCCAUUAUCACCGUCGCCACCGGCGUCUUCGCCAUCGUCACCGUCGCCGUCGCCCAUCGCCAUCGCCGUCGCCAUCGUCGUCGCUAUCGCCAACGCCGUCACCAUCGCGUCGUAUUCCGCACCGAGAACGCGCCAAGCGUUUCCAAGCCCGGCCUCCGUCGCUCCAGCCUCUGCUGCCGCGCCAUGUGCCGUGGGCUCCUCCCCCUCCUCCUCGCCCACCCUAUACCCAUGCGUACAUACCCACGCCUACUAGCCGACCGUGGCAUGCCGCCCCUCGCCCACUCCCGCACUCAUUGACACGCUCCAAUCUGUCCGUUCGACCCAACCACCACAUGCUUCGUUUCCUUGAAGCGCCGCUCUUUCCCUUCCCUCUGCCCUUCGCUUGCCAGCCACGCUGCCCCUCCCGUGGCUUAUCCCCUUCGCCCCUUCCCCACUCCCUCACUCCACCAAACCGCAGGAGCGGUUGGGGCUGGUCGGAGGACUCGUGACAACUCACCCUGGGGGGAUCAGACGCACUCAGAGGGGAUGUGGUGCAGCGGCCUCGCCUCCCCUCCGGCGCGGUGCGAAAUUCCUCAGCUCAGCUGCGCACCCUCUUCACUUCU